UACAUGUUAUUCCGAGCUGUAACUGAGGUGAAACUAGUCCUCUACACAUAGGGAAAAACAAGCGCCCGGGGACUGGGCAUACUGUAGUUUUAUAAUUUCGUUAUUUUACGGAUGGUGAACUACUCUGUUGAGCUGCUAUUAAAUAGUCACUACUUUGGAAGACAGAAAAGAUACAGUUUUUAUUACGCUUGCUUGGAGCUGAACAUGAUAAAUAUACAAGAAAGUAGCUCUUUGUUGAGCCCCCAGCUGCAGUGCACCAGGAACCAGGCUCCCGGGCCUCUGUGGUGCUCCGAUGCCCCUCACCCACUAGUGAAGAUCCCGAGUGGGCGAGGGACUGGCAGGGAUCACUCUCUCACUGUGCUACUUCACAAGGACGAGAAGCUCACAGUUACACAAGACCUCCCUCUGAACGAGAAGCCGCACAUCAUCCACUUUGAUUACAAGCUGACAGAGCAGCGCUCUUCCUCCUGGGAUACUGUGCUCUCCAAUGACAGCCUCUUUAUAGAGAUCCCAGAACGGGGGCUCCCAGAGGGCAGCAAGGAGGGGUUGGCAGUGUUGCUGGAGUUUGUUGAAGAGAAUCUGAAAGUGAAUUAUGUCUUUGUUUGCUUUUACAAAGCCAGGGAGGAUCGAGUGUCACUCUCCAGGACCUUCCACUAUCUGGGCUUUCAGAUUGUGAAACCAGGCCAUCCCUCAGUCCCCCCCAGGCCUGACGUCCUUUUCAUGGUGUACCCCCUGGAUCACAACAACUCUGAUGAAGAAUGAACACAUCCUACAAAACACUUCGCUCUCCAAUUCCUUUAGAGAAAUCUUUAAUGCUUUGUAGAAACUGCAUUGAAAGAAUGCACAGUUAAAGGCAAAUCUUGGGUUCGGAACAGAAAACAACUCAAAAGCAUCUGAAGCUGACGUGAAGAGGUGCACACCUCACUCUAAACUGGGUCUGUGUUGAACCACCUCGAUCUCAGAGGCAGACAAUUCCGAGUAAUGCAGUGAUUAGGGGGUUCAGUGUAAUAAUUACUUCCAGGGUGUGAAUAAAGACGUGGACUGGAAGGGCUGUCUAUCCCUGCUCGUCCGUGUUUAAUGUUAUAGGAGUUGGAUUCCUAACCAGAAAAAGGGAGAAGGGGAGGGGGCACUUUUGAUAACAGUACCGUACAGUUGACUUUGAGGUGUGAGCUGCUCUUUUCUACCAAAAAUCCUUAAAACAAAUGUUCCCUUACCAAAAAGUAAAACUACGAAAGUGUAGAAGUACAAUCAUUGGGAUCCUGACCUGACAAAAUGAAGGUCAACCUGCUACUAGGAACUGGAUGAGCACAGAUGAGCCACAUGGCCUCUUCUCAUUCAUCACUUCUCGUAUGUUCUAAAUUAGACAGGGCAUUUACAUUCCCAGUGGUAUUAGCAAACUGCAUCUUUAAACAAUACAGUGAUAUAAACAAAUCGUCACUACUGUUGUACUACUGCAAAUAAACCUAAUGAUUUCCGAAUUUUAGACAUGCAGUGAAUGUGUAAAAGCUGUACUUGGAAGUACAAGUUAUUAACUUGGUACCACAAUGUCUUCAUGAUAGUACAACAGUAGUAACUUAUCAGAAACAAGUACCUUUU